AUGGGCUUCAUUCAUACGCGUUGGUUUGAGUCUAUGCCAUCUGAAACAUCAAGAUACGCCACAAUUGCUCAAGGAAAUAAAACUUACUCAAUCAAACUAUUGCACUACAUUGAUCAAAUUCGAACAGGCAACGUUUAUACAUCAACUAUUAAGAAAACGGCUGAUAAAAGGAUCGAAUUUGGUAGUGCGAUGUCUAUGGCAAAAACUAGUGUCCAAAUUGCUGUGACAGAAGGUGCAACAGGAGAACUGACUGGACUUCUCACACAAUUUAUAAUGAAAUAUCGAUACACUACAGGACUAAAUAUUGAAGAAGUUCAAGAAGGUCUUUCCUUAAAGGAUAGUUGCCAACGACAACCAUUAGUUGUGAUAGAUAAUAAUCGCAUUCCAGAGAUAUCAAAUCCAGAGUACCACAAGCCAAAAGGCCAUCCUCCGAAAUGUUAUAAAGCGGUAACAGAAAUGGCCAAUAAACAAAAUAUAACUUUUUCUUCCAUAACGUGUAGUUAUUGUUUAGAAAAAGGUCAUAAUAUUAGAAGUUGCGCAAAGCAUAAAGCUUCUGAACGGGUUGUUUAG